AGUUUCGCUUUCAUUCUUUCUUUGGGCGAGGCUCAUAAAUGACUCGGUUCUGUUCGAGUCGGUCAUUUUUCCUUUUUAACUUAAUUAUUUCUCUCUAAACUUAAACAGUUCACAUCUGCUGCCGACGCUCAUUAUCAGUGUUAUUAGUCGAAGUUGUGUUUUUGGUCUCGGUAUUUUUCGCUUUACGAUCAUGUUUGUUUUCCGGGUAUUUUCCGUUGUCCUCCUCGUCUGUUUCAUGUCGGAAUGUGCCUUUGCUGAUCCGAUGUAUAAAAAAGUUGGUGGCUCAGUUGUCCUGGAUUCAGGUCAUAAGUCUGGUCCCCUCACUAGUGUAACCUGGAAGCACCAAGCGGACCUCGCCUUGGAGUGGUUCGGAUCCGAAAUUACUUGCUACAGAACCUUUCAAGGUCGAUGUAAUUUGGACAAAACAACUGGAAGUUUCACCAUCAUAAAUCUGAUUCUAGAGGACAGCGGCAAAUACACACCUGAGAUUAACAGCGUGGUUGGUGGCACGAUGGAACUUAAAGUUAUCAAACCGGUCCCAAAACCCAAAGUGUCCACGGCCUGCAAUACUGAGAAGACCGUCUGUAAUCUCACCUGUAACGCCAACAUCUCCUCUGAGUUUGGAUCCAUCACAUAUAAAUGGAAAACAGGAGACACAGAGUUGUCCAACGAGAAGGAGCUGAGCUUAACAACGAAAAACGAGGAGCCCUCCUUCCUCUGUGUGCUGGGAAACCCUGUUAGCAACUCGGCCAGUGACGAGUUCUCUAACCCUAUUAGCAAAGAGUCUAAUAUUGUAACAGUGGUGGCUGUUCUGGUGGGGAUUUUUAUCCUCUUGAUUGCGGUUGUGGUUGUUGCCUUUGUGAUGUACAAAAGAGUUCCCAGAGUGAGGACAAUGAGGCCUUUUAAGUAUUUUUCAAAGAAGAAUACAUCAAAGGAUAAAGUAGAGCUCAAUGGAUAUCAGCCUGUUAAUGUGAACGAAGAUGGAAUAAACAAUACAAAUCACACAGUUGUUUCGAUAGAGCAGCAGCCGGAUCCACCAACAGAACAAGUCAGUGACAACCAAGCAGAACCAGGACAGAUCUCCACAUCUGAGGAAACCGAACCGACCGCUGAAGAACCUGGAAUAAACAAUACAAAUCAUGCAGUUGUUUCGAUAGAGCAGCAGCUUUUGGAUCCACCAACAGAACAAAUCAGUGACAACCAAGCAGAACCAGGACAGAUCUCCACAUCUGAGGAAACCGAACCGACCGCUGAAGGACCUGGAAAGUCAAAAGACUCAACCUGUGAUCCACCUGCUGACACUGAACCUGAACAAGGGUCCAGUGAAGAAUCCAAUCUGGACCCAUCUGCUGGGAGUCCAGAGCCCAGCAGUCAAACUGUUUCGAUAGAGCAGCAGCAGCCGGAUCCACCAACACAACAAGUCAGUGACAACCAAGCAGAACCAGGACAGAUCUCCACAUCUGAGGAAACCGAACCGACCGCUGAAGAACCUGGAAAGUCAAAAGACUCAACCUGUGAUCCACCUGCUGACACUGAACCUGAACAAGGGUCCAGUGAAGAAUCCAAUCUGGUCCCAUCUGCUGGGAGUCCAGAGCCCAGCAGUCAAACUGAGAUUCUAUCACCACUGAAGCCGAGACGUGCAGCAAUGCCUGGCACAGAUUCUGCAGAAAGCUGAAACUCUCUUCAUCUGUGUGCGUCUGCUGUGACCUGGUCCGCUCUGGGAGGAUGUGAUGCUCCUUACGGCUGUUUGACUGCGUUUGUUGAACAAGCUAAUAUUUCAAAUGUUGCAUCUGACUGACAGAAGUGACAGCAACAAGGUCCAGCUGGUGGAUAGUAUGUCUGAGAUUUGGAGGGAUGAACUUAGAAGAGAACAAAGGCUGCCUGACUCUCAACAUGUUCAAGAGCAAAAACUUAUGAGAUUUAUUUUUAAAAGUUUUAUCUCUUCCAGAUUUGGACUAUUUUAGACCAUGAGUUGGAUAUAUCAGUGUUUCUUCAGCAUAUCUAAACUUUUCUUGAGGUUUUUAUUGUUGUAGAGAAUCUGGAUUUGUUGUUUUGUACACUUAUCUAUUUAAUUGCCUUCGCUGUGUAUUUUUCCUCAUUUUCAUUCCAAAACUGAUCUGAACGUCAUGAGAAAUCAAGACCAGUUUGAGGAUCUAGAAUGUGGUGCUGCUGGGUUGGAUUUUAGUUCGUUUUAGUUUAAAUUAGCUUUUUUACUUUAGAUUUGUAAAUGAUGGCAAAAAACUGAGAUGCACUUGAAUUCCUGCAGAAUGUGUCCGACUCCCUUUGAUGGAGUUUUACUCUAAUUAUUCAUCUGUGCCAUCAUAAACAAUAGACGAAGAUACUAAAGGGACAAUCAAACAUGCUUUAAAACUACAUAUAAAUAUUUUUACAUGUAAAUCUAUUUAUAAGCUCCUUUCAUUUGGAUGUUUUUCCAGUGUUGGAGCUGAAUUCACUGUGUUCCCACUAGAAGGCAGCAUUCCUCUUGUUACCGCUGAAAUCUGGUUUUAGUAGGAAAAAAUGUUAGAAUUAAAUAAAAGCAUUUACUGUAAAUAUAUUUUACACUCAUUGAUGUACAGUUUGGUUAAUACAAUUAUUUAUUUACCACCAAAAUACUUUUUCUUCUAGAUGAUAAUCUUGUGACUUUUAAACGAGUCAAAAUGAAAAGACAGCUCUUUGUAUCCUGGUAAAGCAGGUACAUGUUGCCUUUUCUUGUAAUAUAUGUUUUCUCCUGAAUGAAUAGA